CAGCAGCCCUGGUCCAGCCCUCUGCAGGCAUUUGCUUCAGGCUCCAGGACAAGCUCAUCAGCUGUGUAAAGAGUGAAAACUUUGAAAGGACUGAGACGUGGACAGCAGAUGGAUCCUGUGGCCAGCAGCUGCAUGAGAAGCCCCCACCCCCCAGCCCCCAUCUGGGGCUGCCUUCGAAACCCCCACUCCGAAGGCAAUGGGGCCUCAGGGCUACCCCACUACCCUCCAACCCCAUUCUCCUUCCAUCAGAAACCAGACUUCCCGGCGACAGCGACAGCAGCGUACCCUGACUUCUCAGCCUCCUGCCUGGCAGCCACCCCACAUAGCCUGCCCCGGGAGGAGCGUGUCUUCACUCAGCAGCACCCCGCCUUCACACAGCCCCCUGACUGGCACUUCCCUGUCUCGGAGGCCCGGCACAGCCUCAACCCAGGCCCGGCUAGGGGCUCCAGAGAGAGGGGGGCCAGCAGCCCAGGCCUGGUGGACGCCACGGGAGGCCCAGGCGAGGACUACGGGGUCCUUGGGAGCACUGCCAACGAGAUGGACAAGAAAUCAUCCAGACGGAAAAAGGAGAGUUCAGACAGCCAGGAGAACCGAGGGAAGUUGGGAGGUGGCAGCAAGGCCCGCAAGGAGAGGACGGCCUUCACCAAGGAGCAGCUGCGGGAGCUGGAGGCCGAGUUUGCUCACCACAACUACCUGACCCGGCUCCGGAGAUACGAGAUCGCGGUAAACCUGGACCUCUCUGAGCGGCAGGUCAAAGUGUGGUUCCAGAACCGAAGGAUGAAGUGGAAGCGUGUAAAAGGGGGUCAGCCCAUCUCCCCCAAUGGGCAGGACCCCGAGGAUGGGGACUCUGCAGCCUCUCCAAGUUCAGAGUGAGAUUCUCCAUGGAGAAAAGCAGACUGAGGACUGAGCCCCCUCCCCAACGACCCCCACCCCAAUUCUGCCUUCACCUGUUCCCCACCCAC